AUGGGAUGUGGAUCAUCCAAGUCCGAUGGAACAGAUCUUCCCGAACUAGCCGUGUUCCCAGUACCAGAAAGUGAACCGGGCUAUCCGCCACCAAAACCACCCAGGACUACUAAAAAUGAAUAUUUUAAUCCAGCUGAAUUUACUUCUAUAGAUAAUAAUGUUAGAAAGUUGAAAAAUUCUAAAGCAGAAUCGUACGAAGCUCUAGUAGGGGAAAUAACCAAUGGUCUGACCACAGAUCUACAGAAACUACGAGCUCUAUAUAUCUGGUUAGGGAACCAGCCAAUAGAAAACCAAGCCUACCCUAAUGUUACUGAUAAUUCAACACCCAGAGGUUAUAUGAAAAACAUUAAACAUGGCAGAGGCAGUUUUACAGCUUUCUUUACUUUGUUAUGUCGGGCAGCUAAAUUACCAACAGUUAUCAUUCAUGGGAAAGGAAAGUCAAAGAAUUACGAAGUCGGUGAUAAGGACUUCAGUAAUCUGAACAGUCAAUGGUGUGCCGUGUACGUUGAUGGAGAUUGGAGGAUCGUUCACGCAUUGUGGUCGUUCAGAGCCGUAUCUGGUUUCAAUCAAGGAAACUGGACGCAGAUUGAGAGAGACGGAAAGGCCUUGAACACGAAAGAUACAAAAUCUUCUGGAAAAGGUGUGACUCAAUUAAAUGAAUAUUAUUUCUUAACCGAGCCCGAGGAAUUUAUUUAUAAAUGUCGUCCAGAUAAAGAUCCCUGGCAAUUAUUGAGAACUCCGUGGUCUAUGGACAAGUAUACCAGUGUCCCCUACUGUAGAGAGAACUUCUUCAGUUCCGGUCUGAAAAUCAUCAGUGAAAAUAACUGUAUCCUAAAAUCAGAAAAGGGGAAAUGCUGGCUUGAAUUUGGACAUGAUCCAGAGGUAGAGCAGAAUCUGAAUUAUGAAUUUUUCUAUAACGAGGAGGCCUCUGGGCAACCCCUGCCAUCAGACCGGCGUCUCAACCGAUUUGUUGCCUACAACAAUGAAGUAAACAAGAAGAGCUUCGUUGUUCGAUUUUCCUGUGUUGGCGUUUACAAAAUGGUCAUUUCCAAGAUGGUCGAGUUUCGGCUGGAUUGUCCAGGUAUCGGAGAAUGCCUAGAAGAGUUUCCAGAAAAUCCGCAGAUUGGUUACGGUUACGGACGAGCUGCCCAAUCGGCAGGUAUCAACUCGACUAACCAAUAUUAUGGAUUUAUCUUUCUUACACACAAUGAAACAAAAACCUUUCAAUUUGUGGUUGAAGACCCCAAACAUUUUCAGAUGCAGUUCAAAGAUGCUGCUAGCAAUACGGAUCUGUCGCCGUACGUCCACCAGACCAUAUCAGACAAUAACGUAGCCGUACAAGUAAGGAUGCCGGAAGACCAAGAAGGUGAUUGCGUCUUGUCGUUCAGCAAUAAUAACCAUGUUGCCAUCAACUAUCUGAUAUCUACUGAUAAUAUCGCUGAGUCCGGGUCCACAUCGCCGAGAAGAGAUCCAGUGCGAGAAGCUUUAAUCCGGGCCACCAAGGAUACUGAUAUCGACAUCCUAGAGUUAGCUAUCGAGAGAUUUGAACAGGAUCGACUAGAAGACAGGGGUGACUUGACUCGAGCUAGGAAAAGGCUUCAGAGCCUUUAUGAUGCUCAAGCCGGAGAUCAAGACAGAGAGAAAGACGAGGCGAGGAUACGAGAGAGAUUGAGGGUAGCGACUAGGGAAGACGAUAUAGAUGAACUAGAAGCGGCUAUUGAAGAGUUCAUGGGAAACAGACUCGAAGACCAGGACGACUUGACCAAGGCUAAACAGAAAUUACUAGACUUAUACACUAAAGCACUGCAUAUAGCUACCCAAAAGAGAGAUAUAGAUCGUCUGGAACAUGUAAUAGACCGAGCUAAAAGCAGUCGAGUCUGUGGAACUUUGAGGUUUUCAGAAGCUAUGAUUGAAGCCGAGGAGACCUUGGAACAAUUGAAGAGAUUGAGGACGUACAUGAUGCGAGUACUGGCCUUGAAGCAAGCUACUGUAUCAGAAAUCACGAGCUAUAAACGCCCCAAACCCUGUAUACAUGAUGUUAUGAAGGCUACUUAUCUACUGCUGGGUGAACGAGAGAAACAAUUAAAGAGAUGGGAACAUAUACAGAGUUUGACUCGUAAAUUAGGAAAAGAGAGUCUUAUUAGAAGGAUCAAGGAAUUUGAUCUGGUGAAUUUAAAGAUACCAGUGGCUAAUAGAUCUGAUAGGUUGUUAGAUAUGUAUGAUAAACGUACUGUUUAUUUGACUAGUGCUGGGGCUGGCACCUUCUUUAAGUGGGUAAGAGCAUCUUCACAAUGUUAA